UAGUUUAUUUUUACAAAUAGCGAUAUAAUGGAUACUAUAAGUGAGCAGAGUUUUAGCAUUGGAUUAUUUUUAGACCUUGUGUGGACAGACUUACAUCCAUAUGAAUACAAAAAUAUCAGGAUUUAAACCGUCAUUAUUUGUUAUAGUUCUAAAUUAUGGGCAAAAAAUGCAACGCAAACUUUUCCUAAAGUGCACUACUUCUAUUGCUAUGAAUAUAACAGUUCCGCUGCGUAUUAACAGUAAUUUUUUGUCGGUACAGGAUGAUUUGUGUGAUUAUAUGAUUGGUAUGCUUGAGGACGAUGAGGCGGCGCUAAUAUCCGGAGAGGGGGCUGUUAAGGACUCUGGCACGAGUGGUACAGCGAACACGGGAGGCAACUGGCCGCACAGCGGCAAGGCCACCCCGCUCACUACGGGCCACUUGACGCCCGCCGACCGCCAUGGCUCGGUGCAGGUGGUAAGCUCAACGAACGGCGAGCUGGGCGCGGACGACCCGACGGCGGGGCACAGCAACACGCCGAUCACGCAGCCGCACCACGAGGUGGACGUGGUCGACGACACCAAGUCAGUGUUGCAACUACAAUCCGUGUAUUCCAGAUGCUGUUGCUUCUUCAAGCGCAAAAAGAAGAAGUGCGCGACGCGCGCGUACAAGUGACGCGUGUGUGCCACGUGACCGCACCACACACACACCCGCACACACACACACACACCCGCGCCUACACGCAUCGACCCCCAUAUACAGACCCCGAAUAAUGCGAACCGAAUAGAAAACACUUUUUAAAUUUUUUUUUAGCAAAUUUUUUUGUUUGUAUAGAUUUUUUGUCCAAAUUUGUUGUAUCAUAGAUUUUAUUUUAAUUGUUCAUGUUAUUCUAUUCGGAUCGCGGAAUACCUCGAUCAUAUUACAUCAUUGGAUUAUAUAAUUGUUAGCUCGGUAUAGAAUCUGUUUGGUGUCUCACAGUUGUAAAUUUACUGAAGCUAUCUAUAUGUCGUAUGGAAAUGUAUUUAAAUAUAAUGUCCAUUUAAC